AUGGCGCGUCUGGUUCCCUCUCCCAUGGCUCCCUGUCCGACCGGCCGAGAUCCCUCCAUGGCCACGAGCUCAGCCCCUGCUCUGCUCUCGCUGCCGAGUUCCUCUGCGCGUCUUCUCUCCCUGCUGGCGCGCUCAAAUUCUUGUGCUCGCCGGAGCUCUCCCUGCCGUGCGGCUACAGCUCCUGCGCCCGGCCAAGGUUCUCUGCGCGCCACAGUUCACCCAGCCCCUCUCCUCGCCGAGCUCUAUCCGCUCCCCAUGGCCGAGCUUCCUACGCGUGCUGCCAGAUCCCUGCACCAGCGCCGUAGCUCCCUCUGUCCAGCAGCUUCUCUCUCCUGGAGUUUCUUUGUGUUCUGCUCAGAUCCUGCUCCAUUCCCUCACCGGCCGGUCACGUGCCCUGGUCGGAUUCCCUGCGCGCCGCGUGAGCUCGCCGGCGUGCUCCCCAUCCGGCCAUGGUGCCCUGCGCCGGUCGAGUUUCUCUCUGCCGCGCGCAGCUCGCCCAAUCCUCCGUGCUCGUGCCGUCGUCGAAGCUUUUGGAUGCGCGCGCCCAGCUGA